UGGGACAAGCCGUCCCACUAGCUUCAGGCUCCACCUCAGCUCUGCAGCAAGCAACAGCUCUCUGGUGUCUUUAGCUGCUGGAGACGUUGAGCAAAGAUUGUCUCCUUUCGUUUAUGCACGGAUAUCCAUUCCUUGGGUUUCCCAAAUCAAGGUUGGAUCGAGACUUUAAAGGGAUUUUGACGGUUCGAUUCACAUUUUUCGACGAUUUGGAUUAAAGGUUUUUCAGCGUUCUCGCUCCAGACCCAUGGAGAAAAUGUCCAGACCGCUGUCUGUUAACCCAACUUUCCGUCCGUCGACCCAUGGCGUGCUGAAGUCCCUGCUCGAGAACCCUAUGAAACUACCCUUUCAACAAGAUGAAGCAGGGGCGUAUGGUAAAGACAAGGAGAAGGAGAAGAAGCUGGAGGAUGAGGGCUCGGCCGCCCACCCUCCCCAGUCAGCCUUCCUGGGCCCCACUCUGUGGGAUAAGACGCUGCCCUACGACGUGGACAACUUCCAGCUGGAGUACAUGGAUCUGCAGGAGUUCCUGUCUGAGAACGGCAUCCCCGCCAGCUCCAUCGAAAGCGAUCAGGGAGCGUCCCCGGCCCCCCAGCCCCCCGCCCUCUCGGCCUUCACCUCCACCCCCGUCCUGACCUCUGUGGUGGACCUGAGCAGCAGAACCUGCACCUCCACCACGCCCUCCCAGACCCUGCUGCACAACCCUGCCAGAACAGUCCUGCCCUCCACUGCCAGGGACACCCCCAGCCCCAUCGACCCAGACUCGAUCCAGGUUCCCGUGGGUUACGUGCCCGACCCGGCCGACCUGGCGCUGUCCAGCGUCCCCGGCCAGGAGAUGUUCGACCCCAGGAAACGCAAGUUCUCCGCUGAAGAGCUCAAGCCCCAGCCCAUGAUCAAAAAGGCCCGCAAGGUCUUCAUCCCGGAGGACCUCAAGGACGAUAGGUACUGGGCCCGGCGCAGGAAGAACAACGUUGCGGCCAAGCGGUCACGUGACGCGCGGCGCCUGAAGGAGAACCAGAUCGCCAUCCGAGCCGGCUUCCUGGAGAAGGAGAACACGGCUCUGAAGAUGGAGGUGGCCGACCUGCGUAAGGAGCUGGGCCGCUGCAAGAACACUCUGGCCAAAUAUGAGGCCAGACACGGGCCCCUGUAAACACCCACUCCUCCUCCACACAGGACCCAGUGAAUACCAGCUUCUGCCCUGCCCAACACAAGCCCUGCCCUGCCCCCUACUGCCCUGGCCAACAUGGGCCCCAGUGAAUACCCCCGCCUCCUCCCUUUUCCUUCUCCCCCCCCUCCAUGAUUGUACACCCCCCCAUGCUUGUGUCCUCCACACCCCAGAGUGAAGGACAGUGUGUGUCUCCCUUUUGGUGGCACUCCCCCCCUGCCCCUAAUCCCCCCCCCCCCCACCUACCCUUGAACACAACUCCUUAUCAUUUUGCUUCUGUGAUUCUCUUUAUUCAGUUGUCAUUGUCAGAUGGCAUCACUUCCUCUAUUUCUCUCCUCUUCCUGUUUGUCAACCAAGUACAUGCUUGUAGAUGGACACACACACUUUCAACUUCCUGGAGGAGAAUCGAAUCCACCAAUCAACCCAUCCCCCUGACCUCAGGCCCUGCCCCAUCUUUUCAAAGCUUGUUCCUAUUGGAAGAGAUUCCAUAGAGUGUCACUUGCUGUCGUCUCCUACCCUUUUGAUGUCUCUUCAGAACUGAGAACUAUCGCUCCCUGUCCUCCUCCUCCUCCCUCCAUCCCUCCUUCUUCGUGUGUUUUGGAGUGGUUCCUCUAAGAACCUCGCCCCUGCCGUCUCUUUUUAAAGUUCUGGAUGUGUUAGCCUACCUGUAGGAUGCCGUUCUCUGCACUCUCCCCACAAGAGGUCUGCAACCGUGUUCUGAGGGGUCUGCGUAUCGUCUGUUAAUUCAAA